AUGAAGGAUGCGGCAGCUGUCUCGGAAAUGCUUAAGAAGGUCCUUGGAGAGCGUAAUAUUUCUGCGGACCUUCUCAGUGCCUUGUCUGGAAACUUGGGAAACCUGGGAGAUAUAACUAAUAUCACUAAGCUCAAAGAGCUCUUAUCAUGUCCCUUGGUCUGUGGUGCGGGGCUCAAAGAUGUCAACGACUGUACGGACUUUGGCACCAUGGCAAGCUUUAUAUUGGACACCAAACUCAAGAAAGAGGUCCCGGGAUGCAAAGGUGCAGAGGCCAAUUGCAAGCUUUCCGAAUGUGCAAGCACCUGCGCGCUUGAUUUUAUGAAGAGUGCAUCUGCAAUGCUUUUGAUGAGGGCAGAUCAGGCACGUAACGCCAGUAUUGCACUUUCGUAUGCCAGGCCUUUGCUUGAGUGUAACUUCGUGAUGGACAAACUGGCCGGUGCUUUGACAAAGUGUGAUGAUAUACGCCGAGGAACACUGAUGCUUGGGCUGGGAUUCUUUGUGGGAGGAAUGCUUUUCGGUCUCGCCAUCUACAUCACAUUACGUGGAGCCUGCGUGUGGGGAAAACGGUUUCCGAAGCUUCGAAGGAAGCCCAGACAACAGUAG